AUGAUUCACCGCCCAAGGUAUUUGGCAGCUGCAAGCCUUGCUCCUGCCUCACGGCCUCCUAUAUGCUUACAGUACAUGAUUUGGUGCCAUGCGGCGUCUGUCACGGACAAGUACUCCAGUCUUCACAGUAUUUUCUACGAGCGGGCUCGUAAGUACGCCGAAUUGGACGAGUUAGAAGGUCUUGGUGAGCGUGUGGUGUCUAUCUCACAUUGUCAGACCUGGGUACUCAUCGGCACAUAUGAGUUCAAAAUGAUGUUUCUUCCUCGAGCGUGGCUGAGUGUUGGAAAAGGUGCAAGACUGGCAACGAUGCUAGGUCUAUGUGGUAUAGAUGAAGAUGGUCUCAACGUCAAACAGACCUUGCCACCUUCCAAGGACUGGUCUGAAAAAGAAGAGCGAAGGAGAGUAUUUUGGAUGGCUUUCUGUCUCGAUAGAUACGCAAGUGUCGGUACUGGAUGGCCUGUCUCGUUUGAUGAAAGAGAUAUCUUCACGAAUCUUCCAGCGUCUGAGGAAUCAUUCAUCGAUAACAACCCGCAACAGACUGAUCGUCUCGCAGACAUACUGAUAACCGGGAAUAUUUCCACAAUGUCUACUUUUGCAGGAGUCGUGAUAUUAGCUUGCAUGUUUGGGAAGAAUGUCGCACAUCUGCAUCGUCCUGAUCCCCAAGAUAAUGAACAUGAUCUCACUGGACUGUACUGGCAGCGGCACCGUGCCUUUGAUAAUCUCCUACUCCACUUUGCGCUCUCCAUGCCGAGUCAUCUGCGGCUGACAGUCUUGACGACCGACCCGAACAUUAUAUUCUGCAACAUGGCUAUUCACACAGCAACGAUUUGUCUGCAUCAAGGGGCAAUAUUCGUAGCGGAAAAGAACAAAAUGCCAGAGCAGAUCGCCACCGAGAGUAAGCGACGGUGUAUACUAGCUGCCGAUCAAAUCUCCAACAUAAUGAAGAUGAUCAUUCAUCUAGAUCUGAGUGUCAUGGACCCAUUCAUGGCGUUUUGUAUCUACGUGGCCGCGCGGGUCUUCAUCCAAUACCUGAAAUUUCGCCCCAGUGACUCCGCUGCACGUUCAUCUCUACAAUUUGCCUUUUCUGCCCUCGAUGCCUUCAAAGAAAAGAAUCCGCUAGCAGAACCAUUCGUCAUGCAACUCGAACUUGAUAUUGGUGGAACUGCCUUUGGAGAUGUUCGCUCUUCGAAAAGGAUGUGUAUCGCGUCCCAUAUACCGACUUGCGCGAACAAUACACAAACUGCAAACCAAUCAAGAGGCCAGGACGACAAUACAACCCCGGAUCACGCUCAAAGGACUUCUGGAUCCACGCCCACUGAAUAUGCAAGUCAACAGACUACCACUGAAACUCCACCAGGCCGACCAAGCAAAACAAUUCACAGUGGCUCUGUAACAUCCAAUCAUGCAGCACCGACCAGAAAUGGCAAUAAUAUUCCAAAUUUGGAUACGAACAUGUCUUCUACAUCCAACGGCAACGCCAACACCCACCAGUCAACCAACUCCAUACCCUCACACCUAGCUUCCACUCAGAACAACCUCGCCUACUUGGGACCAGCGACAUACCCCUCAUCCACACAAGUCCCUAUACAGCCAGAACUAUUCUCCCCCAGUGUCUUCGCUCCGUUCCAAUACGGGACCAACACUGUCUUUCCCAAUCAGUCAACUCAGCUCGAUUCCACGAGAUCCGAAAACCCCCUCACUACCGAUCCUACAUGGAAUACCUCAGAGAAUCCUAUACCUGACCUCAGCGAUGGAGACCUAGUCAAUAAUCCGUCUAAUGGCCCCGAAGCUCUCAGCGACCCUCAGUGGGCAUUACUCGCCUCGGGAGGCUGGGAGCCGUGGCAAGGGUUGACCUUUAUGCCUUAA